AAAAUUGCUCUAUAAGAAUUUUUUAAAGAACAUAAAAUCAUGUAGAACAUAAAAUUAUUAUAGAAAAUCAAUUAACUCUGGUGAAUGACAUUACCAAAUGGCGACAGUUAGUCAUUAUGAGAUGCACUUAGGAACUAAUUCAUAUUAUGUAGCAUCUAAUCCGCAGUUAUCGCCGAUGUAUGAUAAAUCGAAGAAAUCAUGGAGUCAAAGGCUCAAAAUUACAAAAACAGAAAAAAUUACGACACCAAUGGUACCUGUAACACCAACACAUCAACAAUUGAACGAAUUCGCAACAUUCGAAUAUGGCCCUAGCGGUGCUUUAUCUCGUUCAAUGAAAUAUGCUGAACCAUGGCUUUAUAGUACUGUUCGUGGAAUACCUGCUAUACGACCAACAGUUCAUUAUCAUCAUAAUGGACACCCAACGGCAAUAUUUACACCAAUACCGGCUGAAGUAGCUGUAGUUAUUUGUUCUUGUCCAGAAUAUUUAACAGGUACAAAACGGGAUGUUAAAAAAGCUAGUGUUUGCAAAAAGUGUAAAGGAUCUCGAUUACCGCUUGCUCCGAUCGGUGGUACUGUACGUUUAAGACCUACAAGUACACCUGUUAUACAUCAGCAACGUAUUAGCGCAGCUACUUUAAGAUUACCUUCUACAACAAAAUCUCGCCCAUCUAUUUUGGAUACACAAAAUGAUCCAUAUGAUAUGAUGAGAAGAACUAGGCUACUAUCGCCAGAUCCACCAAGAGAAAGCUUAAAAAUAUCUAAUUCGCGUCACAUAGAUAAAAAUCAAAGUUCUAACUCUAAGAAUCAAAAUGGUACAAUGGGUAAGAAUACAGUUGCUAGUCGGGGUAGAAGUCGUUAUAGAACCGGUAAUGGAACAAGUAUUAGUAGUACAACCACAAAUAUUUCUGCAGCUGCCAUCAGCACAAGUUCAAAUAAUAUUAGUGAACAGGAAAUGAUUUCAAUAGCUAAAACUGCCACUAUUCGAAGCCGUAGUGCUAGUAGAGGUAAAACUCCUCAACCGCAAAAAGCAAUUAGAGAUCGAUGGUCAGAUGCGGGGGGAGAUAUGCAAAUAGAUCCCGGAGGUCGUCGAUCAAUUCUAGAAUGCAAUGUUAAUCCAUACGAGUUGAUAUCUUGUGGUACAAUGAACGCAAACAAUGAGUUUUCACCUCCAGAUUCAGAUGAUAUGUUUGAUCUUCCAUUAAUGAGAACGAAGAGCAAUUCUGAUGCAGUUGCAAUAGCAGCAGCAGCUGCGGCAGCUUUAAUUAAAGAAAAGAAAAAUAGUUCUUUAAAUAAAGGGAAGAAGUUAGGUUAUUCUAAUAUACAAGCUAUAGCUGGACAACGUAUUAUUUUAGGUGAAGAAAAAGUUCAGUCAAAACUAAUAGCAAACGGUGAAAAUUUCCAUUACGAAGAUAUAGAAGUGCAAGCUCAAAUAUCACCUGUUGGUGGAAGCUCAAAGAAUGUCGACAUCAGUUUGGAAGAAAAAGAGACAGUAAAACAAUUAUCAGUUAAUUUUGCUGUCGAAACUGAAGAUGAUUUAUCACCUACUGAAUUUGUAUCCGAUGGAAAAGCAAAAUUCCAUCCAAAACGACCACCUAGGAAAAAACACGAAAUUUCAACAGGCAAUUCUAUUGAUGACGAUGCUGAAUCUUCAAUUCAGAACAAUAUUUCAAAUAGUUCCAGUUUAAUACACGACAAUAGUUGUGAAAUGCAGUCUUCAAAUGAACAAAAUUCUGAUGUAUCAACACCAACAACACCAACAACAGUACCAUUUCCAAAGCAACAAACAAUUAAAUCGAUUUUAAAACGUCCUUCAUCUGUAUCGUCGUCUCUUUCCACAACUUCAUCAAUAAGUGAUAAUGAUGCCAAAAACACAAUUAAUCAAACAACUUCAACUUCAUUUAAAUCCUAUAUAAACUCAUCAUCAGUACAAUCAGAUUCUAUAUUAAAUUCACAAAUAGAUAAUAUCACAACAAUUGCAGCAACAGCAGCCAAAAAAUUUCUUGCCACAGGAAACUCUUUAAAAAAAUUUAACAGUCAGACAUCAAAUCAAAAUCAAAAUAUUUUAACAAAGGAUAAUAAUAAUUGUAGUGGUAUAACUGUGAAUUUCAAUGCUAUCUCUGACCUAAAAAAUAAUUCAUUAGAUAGUUGUAAUGUUAACAACAAUAACAACAGUAAUAAUAAAAGAAAUAGUGGUAGCGGAUCACAAUUUUAUUUACCAAUGCCAUCACAACCAACUCGUAAAAAAGUUCAAUUUAUGGUUGAAGAUAAAAUAAUUCAAGAUGACCCGGAAGAUGAUAAAAAUGAUUCUUCUAUAGAAUUUGAUAAUUCUAAUGUUAAAAAUUUACAAAAUAAAAAUGUUGCAUUUAUUGAUGUAGUAGCAGUUGAAGACAGUAUUAAAGAAAAUCAAAAAUCUAAUGAUUAUCCAAUAAAAAAUGGUCACAAUAGUAAUGAAGAAUUUUCUAAAGUUGAAAAUUUCCAAACAAACAAUAAAAUUUCUAGUACCAACAACAAUAACAUCAGGAAUAAUAGUAAUGAUGAAAAUGAUGAUUUCGAUGAAAUCACUAAUAUCGAUAAUGAUGAUGUAAGCAUGAUUAAGAAUAAAAAUAAAUCUUUUAACAAUGGUAACAUGAAUAGAAUAACUAAUGGUAAGCAUCAGUUUUCGGAUGUUGAGAAUCAAAAUUGUCAUCAAUUGAUGUUAAUAUUAGAACAACAGAAAGUACAAUCUGAAAUUUUAGAUUUAUUGCAUAAGCAAACAAAUGAUCUUUUAAAGAAUUCAAAAGAUUCAAAUAGUUUUAAUCACAGUAGUAGUACUGAUUCAAGAAUCAAUAGCAGUACCUACACUAAUAAUGAUAAUAUGAAAGAUGAUUUAUUUAAUAAUAAAAGAUUUAAUAUUGAUUCAAAUGAAACAAAAAUCACUAUUAAUGGAAACAAUUCAUUGUUAGGAAAUGAAUCAAAUGCAGAUUGCAACACAUCCGCACCAGCUCUUUCAAAUAAAUUUGACAAUGAAAUCUCAUCGAAUAUCUCAUCACUAAGACGUACUUAUAGUGAUCGACGUGCAAAUUUAGGAUCAAAUAAUAAUGAUUUAAACCAAAAAAUUCAAUUUCAAUUCAAUGAUACAAUGGCUUUAAGAUUAAAAAAUAAUCGAACUGUAGCAAGUCAAGAUUUAUUUACACAAGAACAAUUACAAUAUCAACAAAAUGAAAAAAAUCUAAAUUGUAUUGAUGAAAAAUCAAUACAACAAAAUACAUUUUAUAGACCAAAAGAACCACCGCCUCCUCCACCACCAGCUACAACAACAACAACAACAACAACUACUCAAACCACGAAAUCAUCAACAAAUAAAUUUUCUCCAUCAUCAUCAUCAUCAUCAAUAGCAUCACCAUCAUCAUCGAUAGAACGAAAUUAUGAAAAUAAAAAUAGUAAAAACAAUGACAAUGAAUCAUCUUUAAUGCUUGAAAUGCAUUCCAAUGAAUUAUUACAAACGAUGAAUUUAACAAAAAAUUGCAAUUCUUCAUCAAAAUUGAAAUCGGAAAAAAAUUCAUCAUCAACAUCAGCUGAAAUCAAUAAAACAACAAAUUCUAUUCAAGGAAUAAAUGAUGUAAACAAUAGUCAGAGUACUGAUAUUAUCAAUAGAAAUGGAAACAAUGUUAACAAUAGUAAAAGAAAUAUUGAUAAAAUAAAAACCGCCACAAAAACCCUACAGCAUAACCAAAAUGCUUCACAAACGACAAUUGUUUCGCAAUCAAAAGUAUUGCAAAAACAACAGCAACAGAUGAAAUCAUCAUUAUUAUCAACACAACAAAGAAGACAAUCAUUGGAACAACAAAAUGUGCAUCAACAGGAACAAAAGUCAAAGGUGGUAAAAACUCCAUCAAAAGAAAAUUUGAAAGGUAUUUCUACAAUAAAAACAAAACGAGUCUCUUGGGCUGGUACUUCUGAUAAAAUUCAAGAAAAUUCUAAAGAAUUAAGUAGAAAAAUAAUAACAAAAGAAAUUACAAAAGAUGAAAAUAUAAAAGUGAAAUCAAAUAAUUAUGAAAUAUCAUUAAAUUCUACACAAACUGAAAAUGAUAAAAAUCAUAAAGGAAUAAAUGAAAAUUCUAACGAAAUUACAAAUAAAGCACAAAAAUUACAACAACAGCAACCGCAAAGUAAAUCAUCAAGGCCGACAAGUUUACCUUUAACUCCAAACAACAACAAUAUUAAAUGUUUGAACGAAGAAAAGAAAUUAUUACAAGCACAAAAUGAGAUCUCAACUGGUGCCAGAUUGUUUGGUAACUCAAAUAAACUUCUAGUGAAUCCUAUAGUAUCUCCAGACAUAUCAUUAUCAACAUCAGUCCCACCACCACCAUUACAUCAACAACAUCAAACACAUCAAAGGACUGUGGUCAGAGUCGCACCAUUUAAUACAACACCAACUACUCCUACAAAUACAGCAAAUAUUACAAAAGAAAUUCAUCGUUUGAAAAUAAAACAUACCGAUGAUAUAAAUCAUCAUAAUGGAAUUUCAAAUGGAUUCAUUGAUGAAUCAAAUGAUUCUCACUUAAAUAAUACAAGUAAUGAUGUUGGCUCUUUUAAUAAUAAUCAAAAGAAAACUUCAAUAUUAAUAAAUGGUGAUGAUUGCUAUUCCACAGUCAAUGUUUCAAACGACACACCAAUUUAUCAAUCUUCUGUUGUUGUAACAGAUGGAACUACUCCAAUAUUAUCAGUUAAAACAUCUGAUAAUAUAAAGACUUCAAAUACUAGAAAUAAUUUGAAUGCCGAAGGCAAUGACAAUUCUCAAUUUUAUCCUUCCAAUACAGUCACUAUUAAUGUAAACAGCAAUAAAACAAGUAGUAUUAACACUAAUACCGCAACGACCAUAUCAUCGCAAGCUAAUAAUAAUAAAAAUAAACACAAAGAUUUAAACAGUUCAGAAAAAAUCAAUGUAGGAAAAAGUUUAGAGGAUGAAAUUAUAUAUAAGAACAAUAAAUUGAAUACAUUGCUUAGCAUGAAUUCAACUAAAUCAAUCAUACCAAUCAAUGGAAAUUUAAUGGAAGUUACAUCUAACACCUUAAAUGGCAAUAGUAAAGAAAUUCUAAAUGAAGAAUGUGGAAAUGAAACUAUAUGUAAUCAAAAACAACAGUUAAAAGCUACCACGAAACGUAAUAGUAAAGGAACAUUAAUCACUUUAGAUUUUGAAAAGGAAUCAUCUCGAUUCAUUGAAUCUACUGAUUGCGAUGAAGUUGUCGAAACUCCAAAAGAAAGUAUUAAUGGUAAUACAGCAAGCAUGAAUUUAUCUCAUGAAGAAGAGUUAGUAAAAAUUUUACGAAAUCCAGUUGAAGCUGUUAAAAGAAAUUUAGUACCGCAUGUUUGUGGAAAAUCAGAUAUUGUAACAUCAUUAAAUACUAUAUUAGAUGAUAACAAUUCAACUGUUUCUACACCAUCACGAACAAGUUCUACUUCAACUCUAGCUACAGUUUUAGAUGAACCACUCAUAACAAAAUCUCUUUCUGUUGAAAAAGAAUCUUCUACUACAGAAAAAUCACGUGACCGAGAAACAAGUAUGAAUAGCAUUAAGUCUGACAAAAACUCUUUAAUUGGUAGACUUCUUGAAGAUCCAACAUUAAGUCAUUUAGCUGAUGGAUUAGAAAAUGAUGUUAUAGUUAAAUUAAUUGAAAGUUCUCUAAAACGUUUAAAACAAAGUAGAACUUCGAUUGAUACAAGUGGUACCAAAGAUAAUGAAGAUAUGACACGAUUAAUUGAUAUUUCCUUACAAAAAAUUAAGGAAGAACGUUAUAGAAUUGAAUCAGGUCACCAACAAAUGCAAAAUAAUUCUAAUUCCAGUAAUCUUACUAAUAGUCAUUUAAAUCAUAGCAAUUGUACCAAUGUAAGUUCAAAUAAUAAUAAAUCAGCUAUUGAAGAACAACAGGAGAGCCAAAGUAAUCGCGGUAGUAUUAGUUCAGGCAAUAGUUACACUUCAGCUAACUAUGAACUUUUUGAAUUCGAAGCCAAUAAUGAAUCGGAUUGUUAUCAAAGUUGUUCAAGUGAAAUAACAAACUGUGAUGAGGAAUCAACUUCAACUCAAAGUAAAUUUUAUCAGAUGUUAGUUGAUGCAACCUUAUCAGAAAUCGAAAUAUCUGCUAAUAAUGAUGAAGAACACCAUUAUGAAUCGAUACGCUUAAAUAGUGAUCCUAUAUAUGAAGAAAUAAGUGAAAUACCACCACCAUUACCACUAUCACCACCACCUGUUAACGAAGGAGAUUUUGAGCGAAAAUCAUCGAAAUCAAUGUUCGAAGGGGCAUCGAAAUAUGAUAUAUUGUCAUAUUUAGUUGAUGCAAAAGAACGUGGAAUUGUAAAAGAAGAUAAUUUCGAUUACACUUUCUCAAAUGGAAUCAACGACAUAAUUCUAGAAGAGGAUAAAAUUACCGAUAGCAUAAGUGCUAAUAAUAGCAAUAAGGAAUUAAGACAUCAGAGAAAUCAUAAUUUACAAAAUUCUAGCUCUAGUAAUAAUAAUAUUGUUAGCAAUAAUAAAAAUGGCAAUAGUAAUUCUGAGUUAAACAAUCGAAAUAGUCAUUUGUCGAUUACGAGUGAAUCAAGCGAAGAUACACAUAGCUUAUCCAGUUCAAUAAAUGAAAAACUAUUAACACCUAAUAAUUCCGCAACAAAUACAUUAACUUCAAUUGGAUCACAACGUUCCAAGCCCUCAACAAUUGAUAUUGAAAGGAAUGAUUCUGGUGUUGGAUCUGAAACAAGUAAAUCAUCACGAAGUAAAUAUCAAAAUCCUCCAGCUGCAUGUUUACUAGAUAAAAAUAGUCCAAUACAUUUAUGUGAAGAUUGUGAUGGGCCUGUUGAAACACAAAUUACUGAUUCUGGUGUUAUGUAUGCACCAUUAGUAUGUCGUAAAUGUGGCAAAAAACGUGCUGAACGUAAAGAAAUCAUAACAGAAAUUGUUGAAACCGAAGAGAAAUAUGGACGUGAUUUACAAAUUAUAUUAGAAGAAUUUUGUCAACCAAUGUUAGUAGCAGGUCUUCUAACACAAGAGCAACUCUCUGCAAUCUUCUUAAAUACUGAAGAAUUGCUCGAGAAUAAUCAAACUCUUGCUGAACGAAUGCGUGAUGCAUUGGAUAUAGCAUUAGAACAAGGUGAUGAUGAUCUAUUAACUGUAAAUAUUGGUAAAAUAUUUUUAGAAUCAACACAAAUGUUACAUGCAUUUGAAAGUUAUUGUGUUCGUCAAGCAGCUGCUAGUCUACUUUUAGCUAAUCUCGAAAAAGAAAAAGAAUUAUUAAGAAUAUUUUUACGUGUAUCACAAAUGGAAAAUACUGUAUUAAGACGAAUGAAUUUAAAUUCAUUUUUAAUGGUUCCUGUUCAACGUGUAACGAAAUAUCCAUUACUCUUAGCACGUCUUUUUAAAGUUACACCAGUACAUUUAGAUGGUAGAGAAUUAUUGAAACAAGCACAAGAAAAAAUCGAAUUACAUUUAAAUCAUAUGAAUCAAGAAGCUAAAGAUGUUCCAACGAAAUUAUGGCGUCGUAUAUCAUCAUCGAGUCCAAAUCGACGUGCAUCAUGUGAAAUUGAUAUGAUUAAUAUUAAAUUACGUAAGAUGGCUAUAGAUGUUUUGGAAUGGAAUCAUGAUGAAGUACGUUUCACUAUGGAAGGUAAACUAUUGUUUACUCAACCAACAGAUAGUAAUUGGAAAAAAGGACGUACAAUAAAAUUAACACCUGUUAAUGCACUUCUGGUUACAAAUGGAAAGCCAAGUUCUAAUUAUAAAUCUGAAAAGGCGUAUGCUGAUCAAUUACAUUUUCCAAAACAUACUGGUAUACGUGAAGCAUCCUUACUAUUAGUCAAAGAAAAAUGUGGACGUUAUACAUUAAUCCGUGAACCAUUAUAUAUGGAUCGAUGUAUUGUAUGUACAGAAGCUGAUUGGGAAGAUUAUUUUGAAGUUCAUGAAAUAUCAUCAAAGGAUACUUUUAUAUUUAAGGCUGAAGAUGGUGUACGUACAAAACAUUGGUAUAAACAAUUACAAUAUCAUUCACAAUGUAUGGGUGCAUGGCGUAAACGAAGGAAUGCUUUAGCAAAUAUUAUGAUAAAUGGUAUGCUUUCAAGAACAUAGAAGGAAAUAAUAAUGAGAAAAAAAAAAACAAAAAAAAAAAAUUCAAUAAAUAAAAAUAAGAAUUUUAAUAUAAGAAUAAAAACAAAAUGUAUAACAAUAAUUUUAGUAUGGUAUUUGUAUUAUUUGAGCCUAAAUGUAUGCAAUGACAAAUUGAUAAAGCAGUUAAAAUAAUAAUUAAUAAUUUGUAAUCAUUAAAGAAAGUUAAUAAAUAAAUUAUAAAAAUUUUAUUUUUAAAGUAUUUUAAUUUUGUUUUUAAAAAAAUUUUUACAAUUUAAAGAAUUUCAAUUUGAAUUCUAUAUGUACGCGUGUAUUAUGCAUAUAUUGUUAUAAUAAAUAAUGUAUUUUUCGAUUUUUUAACAAUAAUGUAAAUUUUUUAAUUUAAACACAACCGCCUUGUAUAACAUUUAUUUUAUUAUUAUUAUUAAUAUCAUAAAAUUAUCUUAUAUGUCAAAUUUAUAUAAAAUGUACAUAAAUAAAAUAUAUAUAUAUAUUAAAUAAGUUUCUUUUAAUCGAAAAAUUAUGGAACUGCAAUAUGACAUACACAGAGAAAAAAAAUAACAACAACGAUAUAAUUUCAAUUAUUAUUAAAAAAAAAUAUAUAAAAAAUUAAAAUAUGUAUACUUUUAUGUUCUUCCUCUUUCACUUGUUUAUUUAUAAUUAUUAUGUAGAUAUAUUUAUGUAUAUUACAUUAUUAUAAAUAUUAUUAUAAAAUAUAUUUUUUGAAAAAAAAAAAACAAGAGAGAAUAAA